UCUGGGAGCAGCAGGCGGCUCGGCGCUCGCACUCCCGCUCGGCAGCCCCAGCGUGCUCGCCUCUCUCCGCCGCUCCAGUCACUGCCCCAGGGCCCCUCGCCGCCGCCACCAUGGACGCCAUCAAGAAGAAGAUGCAAAUGCUGAAGCUCGACAAGGAGAACGCCUUGGAUCGAGCCGAGCAGGCGGAGGCCGAUAAGAAGGCAGCCGAAGACAGGAGCAAGCAGCUGGAGGAGGACAUCGCGGCCAAGGAGAAGCUGCUGCGGGCGUCGGAGGACGAGCGGGACCGGGUGCUGGAGGAGCUGCACAAGGCGGAGGACAGCCUCCUGGCCGCCGACGAAGCCGCCGCCAAGCUGGAGGAUGAGCUGGUGUCGCUCCAAAAGAAACUCAAGGGCACCGAAGAUGAACUGGAUAAAUACUCUGAGGCUCUCAAAGAUGCCCAGGAGAAGCUGGAGCUGGCGGAGAAAAAGGCCACCGACGCUGAAGCCGACGUAGCAUCUCUGAACAGACGCAUCCAGCUGGUUGAGGAGGAGCUGGAUCGGGCCCAGGAGCGUCUGGCCACAGCUUUGCAGAAGCUGGAGGAGGCCGAGAAAGCGGCCGAUGAGAGUGAGAGAGGCAUGAAAGUCAUUGAAAGCCGAGCCCAGAAGGAUGAGGAGAAGAUGGAAAUCCAGGAGAUCCAACUGAAAGAAGCCAAGCACAUUGCUGAGGAUGCGGAUCGCAAGUAUGAGGAGGUAGCCCGCAAGCUGGUCAUCAUUGAGAGUGACCUGGAACGUGCAGAGGAGCGGGCCGAGCUCUCCGAAGGCAAAUGUGCCGAGCUUGAAGAAGAAUUGAAAACCGUGACCAACAACUUGAAGUCACUGGAGGCUCAGGCUGAGAAGUACUCACAAAAGGAAGACAAGUAUGAAGAAGAGAUCAAGGUGCUUUCUGACAAGCUGAAGGAGGCUGAGACUCGGGCUGAAUUUGCAGAGAGGUCAGUAACCAAGUUGGAGAAGAGCAUUGACGACUUAGAAGAGAAAGUGGCUCAUGCCAAAGAAGAAAACCUUAGUAUGCAUCAGAUGCUGGAUCAGACUUUACUGGAGUUAAACAACAUGUGAAACCUCCCUUACCGCGGCCACAUUCUUUUCCAUUUGUUUUCAUUUUGUUCUGUUUUUAAACACCUGCUUUACCCUAAAACCCCUUACAUGCAUUUUUAUUUACUUUCACCACUGUCACAAAGACAUCUGCAGACUACCAGCCAGGUCCAGGGGUGGGGACAACACACACAGACGGGCAAAGCCCCUGGCAGGGCAGUAAGUGUUUAAACGUGCCAUGUCCCAGCUGACGUUGCCACACUCGGUAGAGUUUAGCGACACAGUAGGUCUAGUCAGCAUAGGACUCCUCACCAAGCAGAGCAGUUCGGCUCCAAGUGCCAAGGACAGAAUCCACAGGAGAUCACAGUUAGGUGUGUACCGGUGCUACUUGAGACAAAAGACACCCCUGCCGUCUUUUGUUCACUAUUGUACAAUUUAUGAUUCUGUCCAACACUAAUUUAUUUUCCCUUGAGUUUUACUACCAAGUGAGAUAUGGACCCGUAUGCCUCAACUCACCAAAGCCAAGGUUCUGUGAGCCUCACUGCUCUUCAGCACCUCAUUCCCUUCUGAUCGGCACACUUGCAUGAUCCCACUACUGCUCUGUAGGUAGCAUUCCACAUGGAUUCCCACCCUGCCGUUCUCCAUGUUAACGUGAAAGAUUUAGGCACUACAUACAAUGGGUAAAGAAAAAGCAUUUUCUUAAGAGCUGUAACUGUAUGUAAACAUUGUAUAAUGAUAUGAAAUAAAAUGCACAUUGAAGGACA